AUGGCGGACAGGCGGCGGCGACGGAAGCGCGCGUCCCAGGACAGUGAGGAGGAGGACGAGUCCGGUUCGGGCACCGAGAGUGCAGGGUCUGGUUCAGAUGGGGGAAAGGCACGAGUGAUUGCCCCCGAGCCUGUGGUGCUGCCCACUGUACGCGUUCGGACGAAAAGCGAGGACGAAUCGGAGUGUGAAAGUGAAGAUGGCAUAGGAGAGGCUGUGUUGUCAGACUAUGACAGUGCAGAUCCAGAAGAGAAUGGCUCCCAUUCUGAGGGAGAGGAGGAGGAGGAAGAGGAAGAAGAGGUGGAAGGCAAGAGGUUCAGUGACGAAGAGGGAUCCAAGCAGGCCAAGCCCAAAGCUGCAGAGGAUAAGUUCGCUGGAGAGCUGGUGGAGCAUAAGGAGGAAGAAGAGGAGGACGAAGACGAGGAGGGAGGGGGCAAAGAAGUGAAGUCGGAGGAGAAAGGGAAUCUGGCUGGGGAGAGGCAGAGUGGGGAUGGACAGGAGAGCACGGAUGACCCAGAGAACAAAUCUGGCAGCAAGGCUGGCAAGAAGCUGGACGACGACGAAGACCGCAAGAACCCAGCGUACAUCCCUCGCAAGGGGCUGUUCUUCGAGCACGACGUGCGAGGACAGGCCCACGAGGAAGACAUUCGGCCGAAGGGGCGACACAGGAAGCUGUGGAAGGAUGAGGGCCGCUGGGAGCAUGACAAAUUCCGGGAGGAUGAGCAGGCGCCGAAGUCUCGUGAAGAGCUGAUCGCCAUGUAUGGCUAUGAUAUCCGCAAUGCCAACGGCCCGAGCGACGGCAGGCCCUACCGUUCCCGCAAGCCCAGGUACAGCAGCCCCCCCAACCGAGACAAGAGGUGGAGGGAUGGUGAGAAGCCCAGCCGUGCAGCGUGGCACGGCAGCGGAAACAGCAGCACCCCCCCAGCUGUCAUCCUGCCCUCCUCUGCGCUGCCCGCCUCCACCCCCGCACCUCCUCUGUCACGUGUUCAGGGAGGUGGGGGGAGGACCUCCGCACACCCCCAGCCCCGCAGCUUCCAGGGCAACCGCCCCCCGCCGGCCUCAUACCGGGGCGAGGGGCGCGGUGGAUACAAAGCCCCCGAAGAGAACAGCCACCACCACCAACAGCAGCACCAGGGGGGCUUUGGCCGGGGGAGUCACGCGCAGCACCCAGAAGGGGAACGGGCCUCGGCGCACCGAGGGAGGGGCGUGGAGGCGGAGCGCAGCCCCUCGGUGGUGGUGGAGGACGAGCGCUAUGAGGAUGAGGAGGAGGAGCUGGAGCUGCCGAAGCAGCAGCCGCCGCCCACGUACUACACCGGCAAGGCGUCGGAGAGAGAAGCCAGUGCGCCGUUCCCCCACCGGCGGCGGGAGGAAGCGGCCUCGAGUGAGCCGGCCCCACCCCGGGAGACCUCCCCAGCCGCCCCGCUGGCACCUGAAAGGACAGUGGAAAGGAAAUCGUACUCUCUGGCCCGCAGGACUCGCGCCAAGCCCCUGGAGAUGGGCAAGCAGGCGUCUCUGGAGGAUUCCAUGCCACUGGCCCCACCCGCCACCCAGCCGGCCCCACCCGCUGUGAAGAAUGAGGCCUGGGAGGCCACGGGAGAUGGCUCAAGCGUGGCGGGGGGGAUCUCUGGCCUGGACCAGGACCUGGCCAGACUCAGCAUGGGGGGACAGAACUGGACCCAGAGCCCCACCUCGUACCUGCGUGCUGAGAUGAGGGGCAUUCCUAACUCCAUGCACAUGGCUGGCGGGCCCCCGCAGUACAACCGGUUAGAGGAGAUGGGUGUGGGUGGCGGCCGAGCAAAGCGAUACUCCUCCCAGAGGCAGCGGCCAGUCCCGGAGCCAGCGCCCAUGCACAUCGGCAUUAUGGAGGGCCACUACUACGAACCCAUGUCUUUCCAGGGACCAAUUUAUGCCCACAGUGAAAGCCCAACGCCCCUGCCACCCCAGGGCAUGCUGGUCCAGCCAGAAAUGCACCUCACACAUCCUGCUCACCCAGGCCAUCCAGGUUUACAUCCUCAUCAGUCUGGUGCCCCCAUACCCAACCCUGCGAUGUAUGCCGGCCCCCCCGUCUCCAUGUCUCCUGGGCAGCCCCCCCCUCAGCAGCUGUUGGCACCCCCCUUCUACCCCCCUCCUGGAGUCAUGGCUUUCGGGAACACCAACUUCCCCUAUCCUGCUGGGGCCACCCUGCCCCCCAUGUACCCCAACCCCCAGGCUCAGGCCCAGGUGUACGGUGGAGUGACCUACUACGACACCAUGCAGCAGCAGGCCCAGCCCAAGCCCUCUCCCCCCCGCCGCUCUUCCCAGCCUGUCACUAUCAAACCCCCCCCUCCCGAGGUACCGUUCAUUGUUCCAGAGUAAGCCGUGUCUCCAGGUCUCGCUUCCAGCCAACCAUGGAAAGAGAAGUGUGGAAGAACAAAGGAGAAGGCCACCUCCUAGCUUGGUGACAGAGAAUAUCAGAAGGACCAGCACCAUGUGUGGAAGAAUCUGUUUUUUUUAUAUCAUAAAUUUAAUUUUGCUUUAUCAGACAAACGAGAAACUUUAAAUACGGAAGCAUAAUAUAUAGAAUGUUGUCCUAAGAUGAACAGCACACUUUCCCUUUAACCUUAUAUGAUGCAAAACCUUUGCUGUUUGUUUGCUUGGUGUUCCUAUUUGCCCGUGCUCUGCCUUUACCCCUCCCUCCAAACCAAAAUGGUGAGAUAAAUAGGAAGGACGAUGUUUACUGUAACGGCUGGCUGAAGCAGGGGGCUGACGGCCCUCCAGCCACAUGAUUGCACAGAUGUCCCCUGGCUGGUUGGCCGGAGCAGCCUCACGAUGGUGCGCAGCGGCAAAGCGACCAGUCCUUUGUCCGGGGUCGUGGGAGUUUUUCCAUAGUGUUAAAACUUUAAAGUCUCAUUUUGUUAAAGUUUAAGCUUGGUUUAGAAAAUGAUUUUCAAUUCCUUCAAAGACUCUUUGGAAUGGAUGGACUCUUGUGUGACGGUGAGAGGAAAAGGAAGAGCAACGACACUGGGCUGGUGGAGUAUUGAGGCUUAAACUGCUCGGACCAUCUGCCUCAAAUAUGAUCAGCAAUAACUGUCAACGUACCGUGGUGGCAAUCUAGCUAUGGCAGCCAGGCUAAAGGCACUCAACAGGGCCCCUUGUGACACUAUGUAGUGACCAUUGAACAUAGCACAGUGCUGGCACAGCCUCAUUUGUUGAAAAUUGUUAGUGAACCAGUCUGUUAGGUUAAGUUAAGGCAGCCUUUUAGUCCAAUAUAAAUUAUAAGGUGGAGUAUUUUCUUGUCAAUAAGUGUCAUCAAUAGUGCUCUGUUGAGUAGGACAAUUAACCCUAGCAUGACUACUUGUAAGCACUGCUCAUUGUUCAAAUGUUUGCCCAGGGUUGUUAUAUUCUGCGCCCUUUCUUAAAGCAUUUGGUUUGUUUAAACAGGGAUUGAGUGUAGGGACUGCCAGCCGUGUACAUUUCAGUGUCAUGGGCAUAACACCAGGCCUGUCCUGCAUUAGAGAACUAUAUAAAGCAGGGACAAAUACGGCUGACUCUUACCAUGAAGUUCCCUCUCCGGUAGAGGCCGUUUAGGCCUUUCAGCAGAAGGUACAAUACAGCACACUUGACUAAAAAGAGAAAUGGAUUGUGCAGUGGGCCAGUCGUACAGAGGAGUUUAGUAGGCUGAGAUGUUGGCUUGCGGUUGGUGGAGCUGGCUGUUGGCAGAGCUGUGUUGUUUCCAUUUAUCUAUUGUUGCUACAGAUGGUACUGCCAGUUAGGGGUCUGCACAUUCAUUUGCAGUGUUCUUGCAGCGACUGGGGCUGAGCCUGCAGCCAGCUUCAGCCAGGAGUGCGGAGUCUGUUGUGCUAGGCCUCUUCUCAUUGUUGGUCUAUAGGUAGAGUCCUCCUGGCUUUGAAGUGUGUCUUUGUGUGUGUGUGUGUGUGUGUGUGUGUGUGUGUGUGUGUGUGUGUGUGUGUGUGUGUGUGUGUGUAUGUGUAUGUGUGUAUGUGUUGGUGACUCCUUUUUGGUCCAGGAGAAUUUGUUUGAUCCACGUGUGGCGAAAAAAAAAAAAA